GAUACAUCGUAUUUACACCUCGUGCUUUUUUACACUUUCUUGUAUUCUUGUAAAAAAAAAAAAAAAAGAACACAAGUAUCUAGUGCAUGCAAAAAUUGAAAAGUGAAUUAUUCAUUAGUUACAAUAUAAACUCUUUUGCCAAGUAAAUUUACAUCCUUCUUUCAAGUUUAUCAACGAAUUGAUAUAUACACGCAUUAGGUUUUCUUUUUGACGAAAGUUGAUACCUUAUAGCGUUUGAAAGGAGAUAUCUAUAUUUGUAUUGCACACAAAAUACAGCCAUGGCGCAAGGAAAAUUCAAACCCGUGACUCACUGUAUCUUUGAUAUGGAUGGCUUGCUCAUAGAUACCGAAUUCCUGUACACAACAGUUUUUAAUCGUAUCCUUAGUCCUUACAACAAGGAAUUCACGUGGUCAAACAAGGCCGAGACAAUGGGCUUUCAUCAAAGACCGUUAGCGCGUUACAUGAUCGAUACGUUCGAUCUGCCCAUGCAGGUUGAUGAGCUGUUGGAACGUCUCAAGGCUGAAUACGAUCAAAUAUUCCCCACGACUAAACCAAUGCCAGGUGCUGAAAGACUGUUGCGCCAUCUGAAGAAACACAAUGUUCCUAUUGCAUUAGCCACAAGCUCCAGUGCAGAGAGCUUUGCCCUAAAGACCAAACACUUGACAGAAAUGUUUGACCUUUUUCAUCACAAGGUUCUUGGAGGCUCUGAUCCCGACGUCAAAAAGGGAAAACCCAACCCUGACGUAUUUUUGGUUGCCGCGGAAAGAUUUCCAGAUUCUCCAGAUCCAUCCAAGUGCCUUGUAUUUGAGGAUGCUCCAAAUGGAGUAGAAGCUGGAAUUGCUGCAGGCAUGCAAACUGUGAUGGUACCUGACAAACAUUUGCCAGAUAAAUUCAAAGAAAGAGCAACUCUGGUGCUUCAAAGCUUAGAACAAUUCAAGCCCGAAGAAUUUGGGCUUCCUAAAUUUGACUAGAUGAAAAA